AGCGACUGGCAGGACAUCCCGAGUCUGACCUUUGCCGGAGCCGAAAGCAUCUGCACCGCUACCCCAACCAAACGGAACCAUGGCAGCUAGACGGCUUGCAGAUUACGCAUCCGCCUCGGAUCCCAUAUUCAAGCUCCCGCAUCCGUACUUGACCGCAUAUUUCGUGGUCAAUGGGGAUAGCCAGGGCGCAUACCAACUCAAGGCCCGAGACCAGGGGAACGGCACUGCCCUUCCCGCAGGAUUCCAGGGCGACCCAGUUUUCGUCACCGAUCCCGAGGGCCUGAAAUCCAGCGACCGGCCCGACGAGUCCAACAACACGCCCUGGGGAAGGGCCCGAAGGAGCCCCUUAGUCACCGUCCACUGGAAGCAGGACAACCCCCCGGCUUUUGCCCAGCUAUGGCUCGCAAUAUACGCCAUAUUUACCGUUCGACCCAAUGAAGAGUACUUCCGUCUCCGGGUCUUUGGCUUCGGCGCGGAUGCGCUGUCCAGGCAGCUGAAAGCUGUUUCGCUUGCUGUUGACCACCCACGGCAGUCCAAGGAGUCCAAGGAGAAGCUUGACGAGCUCCUUGUGCUCCGGGGCGCCUUUUGGCAGGGCGCGGGCUCACCGUUUGGUCCUCGGCCAGUAUGGGUGCCGGCAGAGCACGAUGCAGACCAACAGCAGCAACCUCUGUCGUCGUACCCGCUGCCGGCACUGGAUUACACCAUGACUAAUGCACCACCUUCGGCACUCUGCUGGCACCCGAGACGGCCAACCAAGCCCCUCCCCGGAUCCGUCAUCUACAGCCGCUACAUUCCGCACCUCAAGGAAAACUUCUCCAUGGUCGCUCUCGACUACCAGAACCAGGAGCAUCUGGAUCUCUUCCACCAAUGGCAGAAUGACCCCCGUGUUUCCCAGGGCUGGAAUGAGACGGGCACGCUAGACCAGCACCGCGAGUACCUCCGCCGGAUGCAAGAGGAUCCGGCCCAAAUCGCCAUACUGGCCAGAUUUGAGGACGUCUGCUUUGCCUACUUUGAGGUGUAUUGGGCCAAGGAGGACCGGCUCGGAGCCUACUACUCGGCCGGCGACUUCGACCGCGGGCGGCACAGCCUGGUGGGCGACGUGCGGUUCCGCGGGCCGCACCGGGUGAGCGCGUGGUGGUCGAGCCUGAUGCACUACCUGUACCUCGACGAGCCGAGGACCAUGUUCGUGGUCGGCGAGCCAAAGUUCACCAACACGUCGGUGCUCAUGUACGACCUCAUCCACGGCUUCGGCAUGGACAAGUUCGUCGACCUGCCGCACAAGCGGUCGGCCUUUAUGCGGUGCUCGCGCGAGCGCUUCUUCCAGCUGUGCCCGCUGGAUGAAAAUGAGAAGGUUAUGGGUGGGUCUCUGCUUGGUUUGGUGCCGAAGCUGUAAUCUCUUGUUGUUUCCUUCUCUCCGUCGCUCUUCCGUUUUGACGUAAAAUGAAACGCAAGGCUUUGUUGGACGCAAGAUAGAAAUAAGGGUAUUAAAAGUUGUCUGGUUCGUGAUUCUGUCGUUCUAACGUACAGUACAAUAAAAUAAAAU